AUUCCCCCGUCCUCCAUCGCUGAACUGCCUCUGUACCGUUCAGAGAUUUCUCUUAAUCGUCUUCUCCAUUUCGCCCUUCGAGGAGGGAAAGGGAGAUUCCUUUCUCUCUCUCUCUCUCUCUCUGCGAGCCUCUUUGAAGUCAUUGAAGAAGAAGGCACUGAAAGCCUCUUGAUCUGAGAGACGCAUCGCAGAGAGAGAUCGAGCCUUGGUACUACAUUUCUUGCGAUUCAUCGCCUGAAGAAAGGAGAGGAGAAAAUCACAGCACGAUUCGGAGUCAAAUGGCGGUUUCCAGGACGUCUUUUGGAUUUGUGGCUGCCGCCGCGCUCAUCUUUGCCAUCUUCUUGCCGGUUGCUCAGCCUCAGUCCUUGGCUCCGGCACCCGCUCCCACCAGCGACGGGACAUCCAUAGACCAAGGGAUAGCUUAUGUGUUGAUGUUGGUGGCAUUGGCACUCACAUAUCUCAUCCACAACGCUGACUUAUCCAGCAGCUUCUAAAAGAUUGUAUCAAGCAUUUGGAGAACCUCUUUUGAUCAAAAGGGAAGGGAAUUUAGUUAGAAAUGCAAGUGGGGUUCGAGGGGACUGGAUUUCUUUUUCCUUUUUUUUUUUUUUUGCAUAUUGUAGUUCCUUUGGAACCUCUUUUGAUCAAGGAGGAAGAGAUUUUAGUUAGAAAUGCAAAUGGGUCUUGAGGGAUUUGGAUUCUUUUGCAUAUUGUAGCAUUUAGUUAGAAAUGCAAAUGGGUCUUGAGGGAUUUGGAUUCUUUUGCAUAUUGUAGCAGUUCCUUUGGUGUUUCUGUUUUGGUCUUAUUUAUAAUGAUGAAAGUCAGUUGGUGUGGUCUUGUAUUGCUGUGUACAGUGUCCUGAGUUUGAAUGAGACUCCUAGCUCCCUUUUCAUGUUUC